AUGGAGAGAAAACGACCUCUACUCUGUGCUGCUGACGGCGGGACCUGUGAGGUGACUGACAGCUCCUCUGGCCAAUCAGACUCAGGGAUGUACGGUCGCUGUCCAAUCCCAGAGCGCGCGUGCGAUAGGUCCGUUGAAGCCGUAAGUCUCCUGGAGCUGCAGCAUCAGGACCAGGGACCGCAGACCUCUGACACUUCACACUUCACCAACUCUCCUUUCUCCCGUGGAAAUGCUGCACUUUCGGUCCACGUUAGCGCUGAAGGAGUUGAUUCAAAGCCAGCUCAAGGGGCCCACGGGCAGGAUAGCGGCUCCAGCCUCCAGCCUCAGAGCUAA